UUCCCUGACCGCCCACCGGCUCGGCGCUGCGUUACUGGCGUGGCGUGCGGGGAUGACGGAGGCGGAAGUGGGUCGGGGAAGAUGUAGCGGUGCUGACAGCGGCUGCGGUGCCGCCGCCGCGCUCUCCCCGCCCCUGCAGCCGAGCGGCCCCGCCAUGGAGGUUCCAGAUGCUGGGCAAGAGAUGGUGGCAUCUUCUGUCACACCAGGAUCAGGCAAAUCAAAGCUGGACACAUUACCCAAAGAAGAUCUUAUCAAGUUUGCAAAAAAGCAAGUGAUGCUUAUACAGAAAGUGAAGUCAAGGUGUACAGAACUAGAGAAAGAAAUUGAAGAGCUCAGAUCUAAAGCAGCUACUGGAGGAGCUGAUGAUAUUAUUCAGGCUCUCACAGAAAGACUGGAUGUUGUACUUCUGGAAAAAGCUGAAACUGAGCAGCAGUGCAUAGCUCUGAAAAAGGAAAAUGUUCAGAGAAAGCAAGAAGCAGAGGCUGCCGUGGCUAAGACAGAAGAAUUGCAGAAGCAACUGGAGCAAUCAAGUACUGACUCUCUGGAAGAAAUAAAAGCUCUGAAGAGCGAAUUAGCAAAUGCACAAUGUAAACACAAUGAAGAUUUAGCAAAGCUAAAAAUGGAAUUAGAAGAACAAGUGAAGAAACAAAUAGGGCUGAUGGAACAUAUUGAAUGUCUUAAUGAUAGUCAAAAAGAAGUUAAAAGAUUACAAGAUGAUGUCCAAAGAAUUAAAUCUACUUACGAGGAGCAAAUUUUGUGUCUGAGCAAGCAGUUGGAAACUGUGAAUGAAGACAAAACCAAAGAAGUGACAAAUCUGCAAGAAACUGUGAAAAGCAACUCUGAGUGUUACCAUAAUGAAAUAAAAAUUCUGAAUGAAGAACUUAAAAAAUUUAAAAUUGCCCAUCAGGAAGAGGUGUCAACAUUGAUGCAUCAGCUUGAAAUAGCCUCUAAAGAAAAUGAAGAAAAGCAAAGUCAGAUAAAUCAGUUACAACACAGUUUGGCAGAGGAGGGCUUAAUAAAAGAGAAAAAUGCGAAGGAUGAAAUAUGUGCUAGUACUGAUCAGCGUGAAUAUGAUUUGGAGCAGCUGAGAGAAGUCUUAAAUAAAAAUGUAGAAAAUAAGGUAGGCUUUGUAGAUACAAAAGAAGAACCUUGUGUAGAAGCAACAAUGGAAGAAAAGGUUAGGCAGCUGGAGCGUAGUUUGGAAGAGCUCCAGUCCCAACAUAGUAUAUUAAAAGAUGAGUUAACUUACAUGAGUAAUGUUAAACUAAAACUGGAAGAGGAAAUCCACCACAUAAAGGAUGAGUACUUUCGUGAGAGGGAAGACUUGGAUUUUAAGAUAAAUGAAUUGCAGCUUACUAAAGAAGACUACUGUUGUACAAUUGAAAAACUAAAAUUGGAGCUUCAGGCAGCAAGACAGCACUGUGAAACUGCUGUAAAAGAGCGUAAGUUAGAGACUCAUACUCUGAAAGAACAACAUAAGAGAGAAAUUGCUGAACUAAGUGAAACUUUAUUAUCUGGUUCUGAAAAAGAAAAGAUGGCAUUAGUUUUUGAAAUGCAGGAACUUAGAGACCAACUUGAAAAGCUAACUCAGGAAAAGGAAGAAGCAGUGUCCAGUUACAACAGCCUGAGAGAAACAAUGGAAACUUUACAGGCUGAACUAGGAGAAUCUGCUGGAAAGAUCAGCCAGGAGUUUGAAUCAAUGAGACAACAGCAAGCUUCUGAUGUGAGUGAACUGCAACAGAAACUCCGGGCUGCUUUCAAUGAAAAGGAUGUUCUUCUUGAAACUGUGAAUCACCUCCGGGAAGAAAUAGAAAAAUUGUCAUCUAAUCAGCCAGAUAUAGAAGAACUUAAAUGUAAAAUUCUUAGUCUACAGGAGGAGAAUAACACAAUAACAAGCUCCAUCGACCAAAAAGAGACUGCUAUAAAAGAACUGGAGAAGAAGAUUAUUUCUCUUACUGAUCAAAACAAGAAUAUUUUAAAUGAAGUGAAAUGUUUGGGUGAAGAGAGAAAAACUCUUCAGGAAAUGUGCAAGCAAGAACAAGGAAAAAUUCAGGAACUUCAGCAAGAAAUAGAUGUUGCUAACCAGUACAAUACUGACCUGAAGAAAAAGGUGGAAGAAUUAACAGAGAGACUGAACGAAGCUUUAACUAGGAAGAAUGAAAAUGCUCAAAUGCUAGAGCAACUGGAAAACCAGAUUGAAUCUCUGAUGCGUGAAAGAGAGAGCUUUUCAUCUGAAGUGUAUACUCUUCGUGAGGAAAAUAAGAAAAUAACUGAUGAAAAAGGCAAAUUAAGUAAAGAGCUGGAAAAGAUUACCUCUGAAAAAGAUGGUUGGUUGGUGUUGAAAGAGCAUUCUGAAAACUUAGAAAAGAAACUACAAAUGAUGACUACAGAAAAAGACCAUGUAUCAACAUUACUUGAAAGUGAACAAGAGCACAGAUCCCUUGUGAGAACUCAGCUGUACCACUUACUUGAGCAAGUGGGGUCCAGUGUUUCGGGUUACAGUGAAGAGUGUGAUUCUCUUAACUUGUUAGAAAUUGCAAAUGAAUACAUGUCCAAACUAAAAGAGCAGCAGUGCCUUGCUCUGCAGAAGGAGGUGGAAGUUCUUCAUUUGCAGCGGGAAGUUGAGAGGAUAGAGGAAGAAAAUGCAGCUCAGUAUGCAGAACAUAGAUCCCUGAUUCAGGAUUUGGAAAAAGAAAAGGAACUCUGGAAAGAAGAAUUGGAAGAAGUGUUGUCUGAAAAAGAAGCACUUCAGUGUGAUCUCCAGGAGCUGAAGAAUGCCAGUGAAAAAACAAGGAUUGAAAAUCAAGAUCUUUUAGCUAAUACCGAAGAGCUUACUCAAAAACUUGCUUUUUAUGAAAGUCAAAUACAAGAACAGCAAAAAGGAUCAGAGAAACAAGACAACUUAAAUUUCAUUCUGGAACAAAAGGAAACUGAACUUAGGAAUGUGAAAGAAGAACUGAAUUCUCUAAAGAAUUCAAUGGAGACAAUGGCUGAGAAAACUGAUCAAAACUCUUCAGUAGCAGAGCUUCAGGAAAAAAUUGGAAGGCUUGAAAAAGAAUCUGCAGAAAAAGGAGAGAAGCUAAAUAAAAUUAAGGUUGUUGCUGUGAAAGCAAAGAAAGAAUUAGAUGCCAGCCGAAAAGAGAUGCAGACUCUGAGGGAAGAAUUGGAGUUGGCUCGGUCAGAAAAAGAUCAGUUGUCUGCUUCAAUGAAAGAUGUCAUUCAAGGAGCUGAAAGCUAUAAGAAUCUUUUGAUGGAAUAUGAUAAGCAAGGAGAACAGCUGGAUUAUGAAAAGGGCAGAGCAAAUAAUCUUGAACAUCAGCUAGAAGACCUCACAAGACAGCUACAGGUGUCAUCCCAGCAGCAUGAUCAGUUACGCUCCACUAAUGAAGACCUCCUGGCUCGUGUUGAAACACUGCAACAUAAUGCUAAGAUGCUGGAAGCUCAGAUACUGGAGAUACAAAAAGCCAAGGCAAAGGCUGACAAAGAACUAGAAGCUGAAAAGCUUCUAAAAGAACAGAAAACAAAGGAACAUAGUGGUGCUCUCCGAGAAAUGGAGGAGCUUCAGAUGCAACUUCAGAAGGAAAAGAAACAUCUGCAGAAAACUAUGCAAGAACUAGAGCUGGCCAGAAAGGAUGCUCAAAAAAGUACACUGAUGGAUAUGGAAAUAGCUGAUUAUGAAAGGCUAGUAAAAGAACUUAAUCAGAAGAUCACUGAUAAAGACAGCAAAAUAGAAGAUCUUGAGCAGGAGACAGGGAUUCAGAAACAGAAGCAAGAGACCCUACAGGAAGAAAUAAAGUCACUGCAGUCAACUAUGCAACAGGAUGAGGAAAGAAAUGCCAAGAUAAAACAACUCCUGGUGAAAACCAAAAAAGAACUGGCUGAUUCAAAACAAGCUGAAAAUGACCAUCUAAUGUUGCAGGCAUCAUUAAAAGGGGAACUGGAAGCCAGUCAACAACAAGUGGAAGCCUUUAAGAUUCAAGUGGCUGAGCUAACAUCAGAAAAGCAUAAAGUUCAGGAACUCCUGCGAACUUCUUCAGAGCAACACCAGCGUACAUUGAAUGCCUACCAGCAAAAAAUGGCAACCUUGCAAGAAGAGUGCAAAGCAGCCCAGGCUGAACAAGCAUCUGUUACAUCUGAAUUCGAGAGCUACAAAGUCCGUGUUCAUAAUGUUCUAAAACAGCAAAAGAAUAAAUCUGCUUCUCAGACAGAAUCUGAAGGAGCCAAAAAAGAAAGAGAGCAAUUGGAAAUGGUGAUAGAGCAACUUAAAGUUAAGCUGCAAGAUGCUCAGCAUAAUUCACAGCUGAAUGCGUCUGAACUUGAGGUGUUGCAGUCUGAACAUGACACCUUGCUGGAAAGACACAAUAAGAUGCUGCAAGAGACUGUUGCAAAAGAGGCAGAACUCCGUGAAAAGCUCUGCACAAUACAGUCUGAGAACAUGGUCAUGAAAACAGAGCAUGCCCAGGCUUUGAGUCAGCUGACAGCCCAGAAUGAAGCUCUCCGGAACAAUUUCAGAGAUCAAGUUAGGAACCUGCAAGAAGAGCACAGGAAGACAGUAGAGACACUUCAGCAGCAACUGUCCAGAGUAGAAACUCAGCUCUUCCAACUCAAGAGUGAACCAAGCACUCGAGCUCCAGCUGUUUCAAAUCCAGCUACGAAGAACUUGAGAGAAGGGCGAAACACUGACCUUCCUGUUCUUGAUGUAUACACUGUAGCUAGGGAAGAGGGAGAAGGUAUGGAAACAACGGACACAGAGUCCGUCUCUUCAGCCAGCACUUACAUACCAUCCUUGGAACAACUUUUGAACUCCCCAGAAGAAAAACCUGAGCCACCUCAGUGGCAAACAGAACUCACCAAGGAUGAACUGAUUCAAAAACUAAACACAACAGCAAAGAGUGCUGAUCACUUGAAUGAAUUACUUCGUGAAUCAGAAGCAACCAAUGCAAUCCUGAUGGAGCAAAUAAAGCUUCUUAAGAAUGAAAUAAGAAGAUUGGAAAGAAAUCAAGAGAGAGAAAAGUCUGUGGCUAAUCUAGAAUACUUGAAGAAUGUUCUACUGCAGUUCAUAUUUCUAAAAUCAGGAAGCGAGAAGGAAAGGCUGCUUCCAGUAAUAGACACCAUGUUGCAGCUCAGCCCUGAAGAGAAGGGGAAGCUAGUUGCAAUUGCCCAAGGUGAGGAAGAGAGUAGUUCACGGUCCUCUGGGUGGGCUUCGUACUUCCACAGCUGGUCGGGACUUCGAUAAGAGUGAAAACGCUGAAUCUUUAAACACAUUCCACAGCUGCAAAAAGAGAAGUCUUUAUAUAGAAGAACAACCUGUUGGUGUUGUAGCAUUGAAUUACAAGCUUUUAUUUCUGUGUGUUACUUUUGGCUUUUUAGACUCUUCUAAGAAAGAAGCCCUUAGUAGCUGUGAAAGACUGUCCUAUAUUGCACUCUGAUACAGCAGUGAACUGAUCCUGUUGUAAAUGUUAAAGUUGAUGAUCAGUAGUAUAAUGAGACAUAACAAAUUAAUUGCAAAUUGCUUGGAAACAGAAUUUGACAAGCCUGUGAUGGCUCUUUUGAAACUGAUUUAAAAACUUGGUCUAAUGUAGUAACUGGAAUAACGAGAACUAGACUUAAGGCAUUUUAACGUGUUUUAAAGUUUCACGCAAUUUUUUCAGUUUGCUAAUCUAUAUGGUUAGUGUUAUUCUCUGCACGAUGAAGAGAUUAAAAUUGUUCUUUCCUCUCUGGUGAUGCUUACAAAAUGUAAGUCCAUUAAGAAACAGAAGUGGCAUUUUCUGCUUUAACUUGACUGAAUUUUUAGUCCUGUGAGGGGAUUUUUUGUGUUUGUUUGUGACGGGAUUUUUAUUUUGGGGUUGGGUUUUUUUGUUUGCUGGGUUUUUUUUGUUUGUGUGUUAUUGGGUUUUUUUGCAGAAGCUGGAUUGAAAAUAUCAAGGCAGCAGUCCACAAAAUAUAGAGAGUGCCUAAAACUAUAUGAAAUACAAUGCUUGGCACAUCUGGAGGAUGGCCCUGUAGCAGAGAUUAAUGGCACCAGUGGAAGUCUUGGGAUAGUAAUCCAAGAAUCAGAGGUCAUAAGUGAGCUGAAGCUUUGGGAGAGACAGCUUAAGCUAUGGCUUUUUAACUAGAGGUUGGAAGUUUGUGUUCAAGAACAGGAAGUUCCAUUACUGUAGCGACCUCUGUACUUAGGUGAAAAGGCUAAACUCAUUCUGAUUUACUUAAACUGAAGACACUAAAGGAAGAAUCUGAGUCUGUAGGUCAGACUCCUAACAAUAACUUCUGAGAGAAAAGGAGGGAGCUUUUGUCAGUAGAUGCAUCUUUUCAAUUUUCUAAUGAUUGAAGAUGUUAUACCCUUCUCUCACUUCUCUGUGUUUGCACACAUUUGCACAAAUCUUCUGCAUGGAUGAGAUAAUCUCAGUUCCAGGUUAUUCAACAGAAUGCUUUGGCUUUCUUUAAGAAAAAUAAAUCUCUGCCAUAGAAUUGCUACCAAUUGUUACCAACACAGCAGCUUUUUUUUGGUUUUUUUUUAGCUUCAGUCUUCUUUUCCCCUUUUUAUAGUCCAUGCUGCCUUUCAUCAGCUUAAUUUAUUUGUAAUUUAUUAAGAUGCAGACAAAUUUUUUUAAACUCUGUUUCAUCAAAGUCUUUCUAUCUUUUUCAGUCAGAUUUUCACACUCCAUGCUGUUUUACAGAGAAUCACUCCCUGCUAUACAUACCAAUACUAAAUAGUAUUCUUCCUUUCUUAUUUAUCUUAGUUGAGGCCCUGAGGAAAGGAUGCUUAUUCUUUAAAUAUUGCCUUACUUGGGGCUGAGAUUAAUCUAGGCAGCACAUGUUGCAAAUAAACUGCAGUAACUGUGCUUUUGGUUUAAGUUUUUGCUUAUAUAUAUUGUAAUACACAGUUGUCAAAGCCAACAGGCUUUAUAUAGAUAUUUUAAUUCUUUUCCACAGUCUUAAGCAUAUUUUUUGUUGUUUUUUUUUUUGGGGGGGGGUGGGGGGGCGGCGGCAAGGUGUUGUGUGUUUCUUUGUUUUUCCUUCCCCCCUCCAGUGUGCAUUUUAACCAGAGUUGUUACUGUUUGUGCUACUGGUGAAAACACUCACUGUGGGUAGAUCACAAAACUGAUAAAUAGUAGAGAGGGGAUGAGACUCAUGGAUGUCUGUAGCGUGGAAAUGUAGAUAGCAAGCAUAAGGCUAAGUUUAGACUUUUGAAACAAUUACCAUAUCUUCAACAUUCACAGUUUGCUCUGGGUCUGGGAUGUUGAAUUCUAACUACUUAUUCACAGCUGAAUUUAGUUAACAUCACUCAAAAGAAUGCCAAAACAGAGCGACAGACAGGAGAGAUUUGAAACAUGCAUAAAAAUAAGUGCAAGUCAUUCUCCUGCUGUGAUUUUAACAAUGGAAGCACAUGAGUGGAAGGGUACAACUUUGUCUUAGUUCAAAUGCAGUUUGCUGCUGACCUGAUCUAGUCUCUUUUGCAUGAUGUCUGCUUGGCUAUCACUGAAAAGCUGUGACAAGUUCCGUUUAAAAUGCACAUAUUUCAGACCUGUAGAUUAAUUCAAUGUUUUUAAGCUGUGAAUAGAUUGUAUGCAAAUGACAUAUAUAUCUGGCUUUAUUAAAUACCGGUUCCUUAUUGGUUUCAAGUCUGAGUUGCAUGCUCACUGGUUUUCAGUAAAACUCAACUAUCGUACUUCUGAAUGUAGUGGACAACUUGCAUCACUUUUUUCUUUUUUUUUUUUCUUAUAAUGGAAGAUUAAGAUCUUAAUUACUGUAAAAAUAUUUUAAUAACUGUUACUAAGCUCCGUUCUGUUGCUAAGAUUACCAGAAUUUACCUUUGUGGCAAUAAACUGUAAGCAAAUGUAUCAAAGUUUAAUAUACACUUGCAGUAAAUGGCAUAGAAAAAUGUGGACUGGAAGCAGGAUUAUUUUGCGUAGAAAACUUUUUAUAUGUCAUAUAUUUGCAUUUGUAAUGUACAGCAUUGUAGCUGUGGUCUGCUUUCAAAAAGCAAUUUGAAGAUUUAACCAGUAAUGCUGCUUCUUGAUACACUGUGGUGCUCUUGUUUGGAAGAGCACUGUGCUGAAUUUGCUUUCUGCUUCUUAUGAUUGUUUGUUUUCUUUACAGUGCCAUAUUUGUUAGGAUGUUUCCUAGAAAACAUAACCCCUGCCCAGAGUUUACAAGCUUAGGACCAAUUCUUACUCCUUUAUGAGCCUGCCUUCAGCCCAAGCCUAAGGAGGGUAUAAUUAGAAAAAAAAACAAAAGCCAUUCUACUGAUACUAUGCAGAUUAUUAAUUGAAACCCCAAAAUGGGAGUGAUUCAGAGUUCCUAGGCCUGUGUGUGCCCCGUGGCUGAUUUUUUUAAGUACCUGUGCUGACUUAAAGAUGGGUUAUACACCUUUCCUGUUCCCUUUACCUGGAAGGAGAUUCAUCUGUGCAAGCAAAAUGGGCUCCGUUUGAAAGACUGGAGGACCAGAGCUUGUCAGGCUGUAGAGCAGAUGCAGCUAGUUGGAUUUAGGGGUCAGGAUGGCCAAAGGGAACCCAUGUUAGAAGUGAUACCUGGAAGAGUAGAGUUUCUUUUUUCUUUUGUGACCUUCCUUUGCCAAACUAUAAUUGAGUGGUUAGUUUAUUUUCUAAAUUUAAAUCUUCCUUUGGCUAUCACCCUCCAUCCUUUUGCUUUGAUAACAGAUUAUAUAUUCUGAAAUUGUGGAGGAAUAGUUAAGAACUCUCCUUAGUUUGUACUAAGUGGCUUUGAAGGCAGCUUAACCGUCUGUGCUUCAUUUGGCUUAUACCCUGGCUUCAUCCAGUGCACCAAUACUUCUUCAGCUACUUGCUAGUUCUGUUGGUACUGUGAAAAUAUCUUUCUUAGGAGCCUUGCACAUAGCAGUUACCAUCCGCAAGAUGAGAAACCAAAUGUAUGAAGGGGUAAACAUUUAUUUGUUACAGUAAUUUUGUAAUUGCUAGUCUGAAUAGACAAGUGUUUGGUUGGAAAUGUGUCUUUUCAUGGCCUUUUCAUGUGGCUUGUCACUGCAAUAAAAUUCACCUUCACCCAGCAGAA